CAGCUGCCACCGACGCCGCCAUCUUAACUCGGGGCAGUGACUUCACGGGGUCAAAGGGCAGUGCGGAGAUAGAAGCAUCUCAGUUCCCCGACCAGGUAUUGAACAGAGGCCUCGGCAGUGAAAGCACGGAGCCCUAGACACUAGAUCACCAGGAAACUCCCCUCUUUGCUUUGUUUGGUAUUUUGUGCGUGUAUUCUACAGAUUCUUUUCCAUUACAGGUUAUCACCAGAUAUUGAAUAUAGUUCCCUGUGCUAUACAGGAGGAAUUAGGCCAGAAUUUGAAUUGAGGGACUUAAACCAGACUUGGAGAAAAAGCUUUGCCUGCACAAUUGAUUACAUGCUGGUUGCUUUUAAUAUUUAAAACCGACACAUGCAUAGCUGCGUCCAUGGACACUGGACACUGUCCACGGGGCUGUCAUCUUCCCCCCAUCUACACAGCGAUCUGCAGCAGUGAGCUGGAGAAGGUUCAAGAGAAAGGAGACUCUGGCAUGACCACAGGAGAGAGGAGAUACAGUACUAAACUCAAUGAUUUUCUGGAAUCUAAGGGAUGCUUUGUCAACAUUAUGUCCUCUGGCAGAAGUGUCAGCCCCUCAUCUUCUAUUGAAACAGGUCUAAGCGUCAGUGGGCCUUUCAGUCCCGGCAGAGGGUCUGUUCACCCAGACCCUGCUGCAGAUUUGGAUCUGAAAUCCUCCUCCUCACAUUCUGAUCACUCCUCUGAAACCUCACUGCCUGAAGCCCGAAAGGAUAAAUAUCCCCAGGAAUUCAGCCUGCUUAAGUUGCAGACAAAAGAUGGGCAGCGUCCUGAGUGGACAUUUUACCCAAGGCUUAGCAGCAACAUCCACACCUACCAUGUUGGAAAGCAAUGUUUCUUUAACGGGGUCUUCCUCGGCAACAGGAGGUCUCUAUCAGAGAGGACAAUGGACAAGUGCUUUGGGAGGAAGAAGUAUGUUAUUGACCCCAGGAAUGGAAUCCCAAAGGUAACUCCAGGAGAUAAUCCAUAUAUGUAUCCAGAACAGAGUAAAGGCUUCCACAAAGCAGGAUCAACUCUCCCACCAGGGAGUUUUUCACUAAUGCCUUAUGAAAAGAAAUUUGAUACAUUUAUUCCACUUGAGCCUCUUCCACAAAUUUCCAACUUGCCUUUCUGGGUGAAGGAGAAGGCCAACGAGCUGAAGAAUGAGAUAAGAGAAGUUGAAGAGCUUGACAGGUGGCAGCCAGCGGUCCCCUUGCUACAGAGUUUGCUACCUGCUGGUUCUUUGGACUUUCCAAGAGAAUCUUGAACAGGAACAGGUCCAGGAAGCAGGCACUGACUGUCCUCUGGAGAGCCUUUUCCUGCUAAUUGAUUCUGUU